UCAAACCCCCAGGGAUCAUAACAAUAUUACGGUAUUUAUUUAUUUAAGGUAUAACAAGAACAAACUCCAUCCAUGGACUCAACGAUGUUUUAAUCAGAGGACAAAGUUGGAAACUUUAACACAUUCAGAGCUAAUUCAGCGUUAACCUGCAGCACUCUGCCAUCUUUAUAACUUCAUAAAGUAAAAUAUGUUGACAAGUUGUUCCUGUGCUGAGGGGAUCAUCACAUUUAAACAAAUCUAAAUAAAGGUAGCUAAUGCCAAGCAGAGACCAUGCUGGUCAUAAUGUUAUGCCUUAGUGGUGGAUCUUCUUCAGGAUUUAUUGAGCAUGCAGUACUGAGCUGUGACCACUGGAGGGCGGUAGACUCUAAUCUUCAACCAGGCCGGUCAGUGAUGAGUCUGACCGGCCUGGUCGUCAUCACUGACCAGGCCGGUCAGUGAUGACCGGCCCGGUCUGAAAUGUUCCAGAGGGAGAUGGACUUUAUUUCACCUCAAGCGACAAAACGUGACCGAAGUGAAGGCGAACUGGGGCUGAUGCUGGAGUCUGAACUGGAAAUAAUGAGAUGACUGAGAGGAGUGGAGGGAAAAUAAAUCAUUCUGAUCCAUGAUCACCUCGAUCAUUAAACCAGCUCUACAGUCAAAUUUUGUGUUUGUUACAAACUUUAAUAUAUGUAAUAAAUGUUUAUAUAAAGCUCAUCUGUGCUUCAUCCGGUCAGCAGAUUCACAUGGAUUCACAAACACAAUCCGCAGAACAUUUCCUCUUUGCUGCGCAAUUACGCACGGCCAUUCUGGCACAGAUGGUCCGCAUUCAGUCCAGAGCGCUCAGAUGACCGGCAGAAUUUCACCCUAAUUACACUGUGUGUAGGUGUGUGUAGGUGUGUGUGUGUAGGUGUGUGUAGGUGUGUGUGUGUGUAGGUGUGUGUGUAGGUGUGUGUGUGUAGGUAUGAUCGGCUGCUUUCACGCUCUCCGAGCUGCCUUUUGACGUCAAGUGGCAACUUUUGCGAGAGAUCCGCGCCCUUGGCGGGUUCGGGGUUUCUGCACGGUUGCAGCUUCUGGACAUCAGACCGUCAGGGACACAAAGCGGGAUUUAAGGGUCGGACUGUUUGGGAAUGUGCCUACGACGCGCCACAUGCGUAAUAACGCGCACGGUGUCCCCGAAGCUCGCCGAGACGUAGCUGUGCUCCGACAGAAAACAACACUUUCUUCACACCAACGCAGGCACAGCUGUGCGCGUCCAUGUCACCGCUGGACGGCUCUCCAGUUCGUUCAUGGAUAAAAACAACCGCCGGACACCAGGAUGGUUGUUGUGGGAGCCACUAACGGAACUUUCUCCGCUGACAACAUGAGGUCCGCGUUCAUGAUCGAGGACACAGUCGGCGGCGGGGAGUCCGGGAUUUCCACCAACAUGAUGAUCUCUGAAGCUCUGGCGCCUCGGCUGCUGAAAAUUGCGCAGGACGCCGCAGAGGCUGCGGCAGCGGCGGCGGCAGCGGCAGCGGCCACUUCUCCGUCCUCCUCCAGUCAGCCGCAGGUCAUGGAGACGAACGGGACGCGCUGCGGGGAGCAGAUCCUGAGCUACGGCCGCGUGGAGAAGGUUCUGAUCGGCGGGGUGCUCACCAUGCUCACCCUGUCCACCAUCUGCGGGAACCUGCUGGUGGUCAUCUCGGUGUGCUUCGUGAAGAAGCUACGCCAGCCCUCCAACUACCUGAUCGUGUCUCUGGCGCUGGCCGACCUGUCCGUGGCGCUGGCCGUGAUGCCGUUCGUCAGCAUCACGGACCUCAUCGGCGGCCAGUGGAUAUUCGGACAGUUUUUUUGCAACGUUUUCAUCGCCAUGGAUGUGAUGUGCUGCACCGCGUCCAUCAUGACUCUGUGCGUAAUCAGCAUCGACAGGUACCUGGGCAUCACCAAACCUCUGACCUAUCCCGUCCGGCAGAACGGCUGCUGCAUGGCCAAGAUGAUCCUGUCAGUGUGGCUCCUGUCUGCCUCCAUCACCCUGCCCCCCCUCUUCGGCUGGGCGCAGAACGUCAACGACGGCAGAGUCUGCCUCAUCAGCCAGGACUUUGGCUACACCGUCUACUCCACGGCCGUGGCCUUCUACAUCCCCAUGUCGGUCAUGCUGAUCAUGUACUACAGGAUCUACAGAGCAGCCAAGCUCAGCGCCGCCAAGCACACAAUCACCGGUUUCCCCAGGGACGGGGAGCACCGCACAGGGGCGGCACACAGAGGGGGCCGCGGGGUGCACGAGCCCCGGCAGCCGUCAGAGUCUGGGGAGACGGGGAGCGUUGAGGCAACGGAGACGGAGCAAUGUGAGGAGGAAGCGGAGGAGGAGAGCCUGGACUGCGUGGCGGCGGCGCUGAAGCUGCAGCGGGAGGUGGAGGAGGAGUGCAGCAGCCGCGUGUCCCGCCUGCUGAAGAGUGGCGAGCACCACCAGCGGAGGAAGAGGAAGAACCAGUCCAUCUUCAAGCGGGAGCAGAAGGCGGCGGCCACCCUGGGCAUCGUGGUGGGCGCCUUCACCUUCUGCUGGCUGCCGUUCUUCCUGGUGUCCACGGCGCGGCCCUUCGUCUGCGGCGUGGAGUGCAGCUGCGUGCCGCUGUGGCUGGAGAGGACGCUGCUGUGGCUCGGCUACGCCAACUCACUCAUCAACCCCUUCAUCUACGCCUUCUUCAACCGCGACCUGCGGACCACCUACAGCAACCUGCUGCGCUGCCGCUACCGGAACAUCAACCGGAAGCUGUCAGCAGCCGGCAUGCACGAGGCUCUGAAGCUGGUGGAGAAGCCAGACACCGACGCCUGAAGAGGCAACGCAGCCAAUCAGGAGAGCCGCUGUGAAACAUUCAGAGGGCGGGACUAACCUCCCUGCUGCCAGACUGAUUAUCUCCUCCUUUUGUAUGAAGGUUAAGGCCAGAGGGGAGGCUGGUGUUGGACUGAAGCUUCAGGCUGAUCAGGGAUGUCUGGCUCUACGGUGGACUGGGUUUAGCGGACAGUAGCUGACCGAGCUGCAUGCUGGUUUACACUCCUCUGUUUGGAUGGAUGGAUCCACCGGCUCACGUCUCGCUGCCUUUCAUUUUCUGUUGGAGCCUCGGAGAACCAAACAGGAGCUGCAGCCGUCUGCUAGUUGCUUCUCCACCAGCACACACACCUGCACAAACAACGACUAAUGUGUAAAAAUGUAAAUAAUCUACAGAUUAGCGUUCUGGAGAGUCUAGCUGCUUUUUGUCACCGUGCUUAAUGCUUGUUCCAGAAUAGUUAGCAGGAAGCUUCUGUGUAUCUGAUCCAUGAUGUUGGUGGCAGGCGGCUCUUUUCUGAACAGAACUUAUUUGUUGUGGGAUGUUAGCACAGCCUGUAGAGGAGAGGAAAGUGAUGGUUUAGAUGUUGGAUUGUGCCUUUUCCUGCUCUGUCCUUCAGGAUUUGGUUCAUGUUGAAACCUGCACUUUGUGCUUCAUUUACUCAGAUCUGCACUGGAAGGGAAGAAGAAACUGAUUUAAACUCAUUUAUUUAUAGUUGUGGCCACUGAGCACUGAAGCAUAUUUAUUACUAUUCUGUGUUUCCUUCAACGUAGAAUAGAAGGAUUGUCAGGAAUUACAACUCGGUAUUGUUGGUGAAUUACUCUGAGAAAAACUGAGACGACUAAAUAAUAACUUAUGAAAUAUGAUCAUCAAUAAAAUGUGUAAAAUCUCCUUGUAGCUCCAGAGCUGUGCUUUACAGCAGAAACACCGUUUGAUUGGAAAUGGGUCGCCGAAAUUUGGGCUCCAAAUUCAUGAGCUGCAUCCGUCAAAUGCCACAUUUAAAGAUCGAUUAACUCACAGCUUUCACAAGAAGAUUGUCUGGAUUUUUCGUUCUGUCCCCGGAUGUGAAGCGUUUAGUUUGUCCUUCAUGGUCCAUCCUGUCCCAAGAUGCAUUGCUGCCAGAGAGUUUUGUUCUUGUAACAAUGGCAGAUGAAAUGGGAGGAAAACUGCUUUAAAUCUAAAAAUCUAAAUAUUGCAGAACAAAAAUCAGAAGCUUGAAGUGGUUGCUGUCAUCUGCGUAGGCAAGUUGUUGGUACAAAUUCACUAAAAUAUUUAUUUAUAAGUGUAAUACAUUAAAAGGGUAACAGUAAUCAUUACCAGCUUGUGUUUAGUUGCUAGGCAACAAGGCGUACGCAGAGGUCAGGUUGGACCAUCCAGCUUUACACUCGCUCUCUUCUGGCCGAUGAAGAACCGGUUAAAGUCGACCGUUUAGGAUGCAGCCUCUGAACUCGGAGCUUUAACUGAAUCAGUUUCCGUCUUAAAAACUGAUUGUUUUCACUCAGAGUCUAAGUUUUUCCCACAGAAAGUUCAGAGAUGAUGAAACAGAAUCGUUUUGUAUCUCACCUUCAUGACCGCAGUUUAAUCUCCACAUGUACAGUUUACAAAUCUACUGUUGGAUAUUUCUGUCUUGGGUCACCCAGUGUGUUUCCUGCUGGUAUCAGACUGGCAGAGUUCUGUCCUUAACGAGCCCAGAGAACAGAGUCCAGACCCAAACUCCAGUUUAUUGAUCUCUGAUGGAAGAGAUUUGUUAAGCUGCCUGAUAUCCAACAUAAAACAUGACAGACUCUGAAGUUCACAGGCUGGAACAGCAGAUUUCGCUUCGAGAAUCAUUCAGAUAACACACAACAGUUUCCACACAGGCAACAAACAGAGUGAUGUGUCGCCAUGGCAACCAGCUACAGAAGUCCCCGGUUCUGGUUCUUGCUCGGCGGGUUUGAUAAUGGCCGCCCUGUUGACCCGCUCUGGUUUGAACUUUUUACAUCACAGUUUGAAAUGAGUCAGUUCAGGAUGAAAAGCCUAAAAGACAAACAGGAAGAGCUUAACUGGACUUCCUGUACUUGCUAAAAUAAGAGUCUUUCUCUGUCACAGGCUAGAUGAUAAUCAUGAAAGAAUAAAGGUAAAAUAUGUUUGAUGUUUGGGCCGCAGCAUCAGAAUUGUUGUCUCUUUCUGUAACAGUGGCUGGAUUCUUUUGUGGGUGUGUUUUUAAUUAAAAGUGCCAGAACAAUGAUUCAUAACCUGUGAAAUACUCAAAGAGCUCUCAAAUGGAAAAAACAAGAUGCAACCAUAAUGAAAUCACAUGCAUAUGAAACAAGCGCUGCAUGUUUUACAUAUCAGGCUGAGGUCAAAAGAACUAAUGUUUCAUCUUUUAAAGACUGGGAUGAGUUUUAUCAAAAUGUAACACAAAACAUCGCUGAUGUGUUAAUUUCAUCUAAACUGAACAACAAUCAGGUCCAACCAAAACCAAAGUAACUGAUCAGAACCAUAAAAACUCAGUGGAUCAGGACACUAACCUGAGUGUUGGACAACUUUCCUCCCAAAAAUGGGAGUUUUUGUUCGAUUCAGCAGGAUGUAAAACCUGAUAUAACAAUAUUCUCCUGUAAGUUGAUCAGGUUGGGCUAUUGAGUUUAAAAACCAAGAAUCUGGUGCUUUAAUUUAAUAAUAAAUAUGCAUCCACUAUAUUGGAUGUGAAGAAAGAGAAGCUGCUGUGUGUUUAUGACAAUCUAAUUCAGGUCUGUGCUGGGUUGUGUUUGAAGUGGAGCAGCAUAAACUGCAUUUAUGUUUCAUUUAUAGAAUAGAGUUGCUCUUUUGUGUAAAACAAUGAGAGGCUGGAUUCUCCCCCCUGCUGCUUAAAUUCCUCCUCAUUACGGCUCAUUCUGCAGCAGCAGACGGAGCAAAGCAGGCUGGGAAAACCUUUCUGCUGAGGAAGUGGAUCUCUCCUACUGACGCCUUUAACUCGUUCUUUAAUCAUUAAUUAAAGCUGCUCUGUGCAGGAAAUGAAAAAUAUACAAAAUCCAUGAAGCUGCCGGGUUUUAAUCUGUAAGUGGGACAGAAUCAGACGAGGGAGCAGAAACUUUCCUCUGAUUCAGACGUUCAGCUGGAGACGUUUCAGUCCGAGUCGAUUUGGUUGAGCAGGAACCAGAGCUGCAGACUCUGCAGCGGUUCUGCUGGGCUUUGGUCAGGAAAUGCUCCCGGACCGGUGCAGUCAUGCAUCAGAACCUCUGAGCUGGCCUCGCUCUGGGCGCAGAGCCACAGUGGCUGAGGUCCAUGUUCUGCCACAGCAGAUAUGGAGACUGGAGUCCAGCAGACACACACAGGAACACACACUCUGUGCUGUGAUGUGGUGGAGACGCAUCAGGAAACCUGGACGUCAUAAAUCAACUAUAAUCAGUAGAAACAGUGAAGUUAAACUUUGAGUCGUUCAUCUUUGGUUCUUCUGUUCCCGUCGUUGACCCAAACCGUCUCAGCCUUAAACUCAAAGCUGACUUCACUGGUGUAACUUUGUACAGGACGGAGAAAAGAAAACAGGUUUUUCUCAGUUAUUUUCUAUCCAUGUGCUUAAAUAUUGUGUUAACUUUGAUUGGUUUUUGUUAUUAAGAUGACCGAUCGAUUUAUUUUGUUUUAAGGUUUCAAAUGUCCACCUGAAAAAUGUGAAUCGAUAAAAAGAAUUAAACGAGACGUCAGCUGAUAAUUAACUUUAUUAAAAUGUGUAGAUUUAGGAAUGAAAACAUGCACUGCAGCAAAGGUAGAGUAAUAAAUGUGAUGCUUGUAGAGAAUCAACAGGACAUGGUAAGGUCAGAGGUCAGAGGUCAGCCUUAAUUAACUAGAUGUGACUAGUGUGUGAUGUGUGUUUGUGCCAAUAGAUCCUUCACACGCUCAGUUUAGUGGAUAUUUCUUUGUCUUUUGGUUCCCAUGCAGCUCUUUGCAUCUGUAUCUGUGCUGCGUUUACAUGCUGUUAAGCUAUUUGUGUUUUAUAUGAAAAAUGUCAUCACCUCUGCAGAGAAACGGAUCCGAACAUGAACACGUUUCCUCCCCUGUGUCAUCAGCUGCUUCCAUGACCCAUAAAAUGAAACACGUGGAAGUUUAAUUGGGUUUAUCUGGGUCAGACGCGUCUUCAUUGUUUUACUGAAUCUUUACCAGGAUGUAGUUUGUCUUUCAUGGAUUUAUAAUAAUCUUACUGCAGGUUUUCUCAGAUGCUAACCGGGUUCAGAGUCGGUCCUUCAUCAUUUGUGCUGUACUAUUCUGCUCAUUGUCUGACAUGCGUCUCGGUGCUGUGGUCCAAAAUACAAAAUGGAAAAUGA